GUGCCUGUAAUAAGUCAAUAAGUCUGCAAGCCAGCAACUAUCCCGAUCGGCCAUAAUGAUUUUUGAUUUAGUGAGUUCAUGACCGUUUGACAAUCCUUUACCAGCGUUUCCUAAAGAUGGCACAUAAUAGGCAAAUGAGACCGUCUUCCGCAAAUUUUGUAACGCAAGAACAGUUAAAACAAAAUGUGCUCAACUUGGAAGAAACAGUGAAACAGGGUAACCAGAUAGUAGUUGAAGGAUUGGUAAUGUUGCAACGAAAAGUUAAUACUAUCAACUCUCAAGUUGAAAAAAGAUUAGGCCACGUAGAAGAUCAAGUCAAACAUUUUAAUGAAAGAACAAGUUCUCUAUAUUUACAAUUCAUGAGAGAACACGCUGGACAAGAGGCAAUAAUUCAUAACGAACAAAGUGCAUCACCUAUUCUCCACAGCCAGCAACAACAGCCAGUAGUGCAUAAUCAAGUGACUGAAGGUUACACAACCAUAGUUGAUACAUGUGGUCUGAUUCCUUUAACCGAAGGGCAAAUCAACAGAAUGGCACACAAUUCUACUUGUGUCGAGUUCAUUGAGCGUUUAGUGCUAGCUGCGUUUCCUGAUCAUUAUUUUGAAGAUCACGGUUUUGCUGAUAUAACGAACUUGCAAUUCAUUGGACUCUUUCAAAUCAUCGGGAGGUAUUUCGAAACUGCAAUCUUAUUGUCAGGGAAAAGAUUGAAGUUGUCGUUGCCUUGCAACUACGAGUCUAAAAUUGAGGUCGCCACCAUAAUGGAAAACGAGAUAAACCUAUGGAAAAGAGACAAUGGUUAUAGCAGAUCUGAGGAGCCAGUUAUCCCCAAUGCUCAACAACAAGACCGAAGUGGUAUUGACCGAGAAGUACGCGUAAUUCAAUUAAGUGAGAGAGAGCUGGAUGCACUUGCUUUCAGGGCGGAUAGUGUUGCUUUCAUCGGCAAAGUUACCAUAGCCGCUUUUCCAGCGAAUUAUUUUUUGAAGACGGAAAAUACACCAAUGUCGCUCAGUCCGCGACAACUCGAUGCAAUCUAUGAAAUGGUGAUAAAGAAGAUCUCCGAAGUUAAGCGACGUGGAAAGCCUAGUGUCCCGAUAUCGAAAGAAGCUGUUUUUCCAGUUAUUUAUCAGAAAAUCAGGAAUUUCCGCUUGGCUACCCGCCAUGUGGGACUUUAAACCAUUUGCUAAUGUUGUUUUUAAGUUUUUAAUUGAAGUUCGCGGAUGUUCGUUUUUAUUAAAUUGAUUCUCGUCUGUAGUGCAACCAUUGAGAUAUUCAAUUUUAAACCAAGAAGUGUUAUGACAACUCAGAAAUGAUUGAAAUACACAAGCACGUUUCUCGUUUCUUUA